AUGCUGUGGGUCAUUCUCCUGUUGGCUGCCUGCGAGGUUGCCCUCCUCUCAGCCUUCUUCCUGUUGCUCUACCUCGCAUCGCUGGUGACCAGCCCCAAACCUCUGUUGCUGCCUGCUGCGCACGUCGUGGUAACUGGCAGCUCCUGUGGCACUGGAAAACGUAUUGUGGUGGAAUGCUUUAAGCAAGGUGCUUUUAUAACACUACUUGCAAAAAAUGAGAGUCAGCUGUUGGAGGCAAAGAAAGAAAUUGAAAAAAUAUGCACCCUAGAUAAACAGGUUGUACACUGCAUCUCUGUAGAUGUUUUUAAAGACUAUGCAAAUGUGGAACAGGUCGUAAAACAAGCUCAAGAUAAGUUGGGUCCAGUUGAUAUGCUUGUAAAUAGUGCUGGGACAUUGGUUACUGGAAAAUUUGAAGAUCUUGAUACCAAGAAUUUUGAGGAACUGAUCUCUGUCAACUACCUGGGUGGUGUUUACCCAACUCAUGCAGUAAUUACCACCAUGAAGGAACGAAGAAUGGGAAGGAUUGUGUUUGUGUCAUCCCAGGCUGGGCAACUUGGACUAUUUGGUUACACAGCUUAUUCUGCAACAAAGUUUGCACUUCGAGGAUUAGCGGAAGCUUUGCAAAUGGAGGUAAAGCCCUAUAAUGUCUAUAUAACAGUUGCCUUUCUUCCGAAUACAGACACACCUGGCUUUGCAGAAGAAAGUAAGACAAAGCUUUUAGAGACCAGACUUAUUUCAGAAGCCUCACCUGUCUGCAAGCCUGAUCAUGUUGCUAGAAUCAUCGUUAAAUCCAUACAAGGAAAAUUCGGGAGUUCUGUUAGGAACACUGCUGAUGGCCACAUGUUGAACGUCAUAACUAGUGGAAUGUCACCAAUGAAUUUUCUUGGUGAAGCUCUAGAGGCGGAAAUUUGUAAUGGUUUUUUCCACCUCGGCCACUACUAUAUAGCAAGCUUUGACAGCAUAGUUUGCGGCUGCAUGAUACAAGUCUUCACCCUCUCAACCGAGAAAAGAAAAACAUCGUGGCAGUCGAGGACAAAGGGUGAGAGCAUCCAUUCCCCCGCCUCCGUUUCUUCAAAACGAAUUAAGAAGGUGGUGGAGGAAAGGCGCAGCAGUAGAGAAGUGGUGUCCUUUGAAGCUACGAAUCCGGUGGAUCUGGACCCUUCUCUGCGCUGCGGUCCCGGGGGCCCUGGCUCUUCUUUCAUUGGGAACUGGCGCUCUACCCACUAA